AUGAAGGCAUACUACUUUGUUCUCGCCGGCCUUGCCGCCUUGGCUGCUACCUCCCCUGUUACGCCCCGACAGUGCGCUGGUUGCGAGCCCUCAGCCAAGGGUUCCACUACCACCGAUGCCGCCGCCACCAACAACAACACCAAUAGCAACGGCAAUAGCAACGACAUCUCUUUGAAUGUCAGCGGUGCCAGCAGCCCCGGUGGUAGUGCCGGUGGAAAUGGCACCCCUACCGAUGGCGAGGGCGAAGUGAAAGGGUCCUGCAAGGCUUGUAUCGACUUCUGCACAGGACGUGGCGAUGCUAUCGAUGGCAUAUGCAAGGCUAUUGUGUGCGGUGUUGAUUGUAUUCUUAUCUAA